ACAACUGCAAGACUUAUCUCUGUCACACAGCUUCUGGCCGAGCCAUCUGACUGCUGGUUUAUCUGCUCCGGCACACACCCUCUCACUGGGAAAGUGUCACUCCACCCCCUCCUCCACCUCCUCAUUCCCGCUGACUCUCUGCUCGCUCUCCUCUCUCGCCUCCUCGUCUCACCCAUCUCUGGAUGCCAGUAGCUCCUAGUCAUGGAGGAGACGACAGUCAGAGACCAACCACGGCUUUCAGUCACCGAGGCCUCAGCAUCAGCAUUUCAAGGGGAGGAAAUGGAGGGCUUCACCACAGGAAGUGAAGAUAACCGAAGUUUAAAUGAAGUUUCUACAGUGAUGGACCCGGUGCUCACACAGCCCGGCCUUGGCGUCACCACGACAACCAUCACCACCAUCACACAGACAGGAGGAGACUGGAGCACCGGCCUGUUUGAUGUCUGCGGAGACAAGACGACAUGUCUUCUCGGGGCUCUGGUGCCUUGCUGUUUAGACCUGAGUUUAGCACAUCAGUAUGGGGAGUGUCUGUGCAUGCCUCUGCUACCGGGAUCCACUUUUGCCAUGCGAGUUGGGAUCAGGGAGCGAUACAAGAUACGAGGAAGUGUGUGUGAGGACUGGACCACGGUGUAUUGCUGUUACCCUCUGGCUGUGUGUCAGAUGAUAAGAGAGAUGAAGAGGAGGAUGAAGACUCAGACGUAUCAUGUGUCCACUGCGCUCGAAUGCUCCUGAAGGAAUUGUAGACAGUGAAAUGAAGCUCUUUAACAACACAGCAGAUAUUGAUGGGGGACCAGCAGAGAUUACUGGUUUAAACUUGCAUCAAGAAUCAAUACUAUAAGAUAUUCUCCUGAGGAUCCCCUGGACAAUAAAUUAAGCCUGACCUACAGCAGUCAAAAAAAGCAAGACUGAAAAGGACAAAAUUUGAUUUAUUGCAUAAACAAGGAGUAAAAUUACAGCUGUAAGGUUCGAACAAUGGAAAGCAACCUUUAAACGGCUGCAGGACGAUCGUUUUGAGAGAAUGUCUUGAAUAAAACUGGCAACAGAGACCAAAAUGUGCCAGCUAAAUUUGAUUUUGCAGUAAAUAUCUGGUACAUCGAUGUUCAAAACUCCCCUUUUAGCUUUGUUUCAUUGAAAAUAUACUGCCUGCCCCCCAAAAAAUAACAACUCCAAGGCAACAUGUCCUUUUCAAAAGCAAUGUCCCCCUGUGCUCUGGAUGUUCCAUACAGCUCACUGACAUCACUUCACAGGUGUGAUUUUGAUAGAAAGUGCUGUACAGGAAGUGUGAAAUCUUGUGUAUGAUUUGUGCGGCUCGAGCCCUCUAAUUCUGUCUGGCAUGCCAAAGGUCACCAGACGCAUUAAUGCACUCAGUCCCCCUCAGACAUGAAGCAAAGAUGAAGUGGGAAAACAUAAUGCUUUCUAGACCUUGAGACAGAUUGAGCAAUGAGCACACAGCCUUACCAUUAGGGAUGACAUCUAUAAAUCUCAUCCUAAUGUCACAUGUGAAACUAAAUCCAAGUGAACCUAGAAGGAGCACAGGAAAUAUCUGCGCUGCUUCAUUUUGACCCGCCAAGUCAUUUGGUUUCUUAAGUGAGCGUAAUUGCUUUCGAGAGUUUUAAUAAAAAAGUAUGCGAUGGAACAAGUGUGCAAGUCUAUUCAGCAUGCAGAACCACCCACCUGAUCCCCAGCAUACAGGCCGCAGUGAUUACAGUCAACAGUUCAAGUACAGUUUGGUGAUAAUCAGACCUAUUUCCAUAUUUCUGUUAUUCAUUUCUCCGUGUAUUCCUUGAUUCACCUCCAGGCGUUCAAUCACACUCUAGAUCCGGCCCUGAUUGCUGUGGUUCCCCAAACCUGAAACGCCAACCAUAAAAUGGAAAAUAUUAUUCAUACACAAAGCAGAUGGGUCCUCAAAGGGCAAAUAUGUAAUUUGCUAACUCGUACAGAUGUGCUCUCCCAUCUGACAGCUGCCUCGAAUGAAACGGAGAAAGGGAGAAAUUGGUUCGGUGUCAAAAAGGAGAGCGAAUUGAAUAGCAAAGUCCAAUCAUAUAAUACAUAUUGUAGACUCCACAUUUCAGUGAGUUACUUUGCGGAGUGUAAAUAGAUAUUUUUUUAAAUCACUGCAGUUCUAAAUUGUACAUUUCUCUUAUAUCCAGGUAUUUUGUUGCUGUUUAUUUGCUGUUUACUCCUUCUUUACCACCCUCUCAAUUAACAGCCAAAGAAACAAGAGUAAUGAAAUAAAAAUGAAAUAAAGAAAUAUUAA